UAUUUAAAUAAAAUGUUCAGACAGAUUUCAUGUAAUCCUCCCAAAAGAUAUGGUAAAGGAAUGACAAUUAACAGUAAUCCUUCAGAAAAAGUUCAACUCUCCGUCAAAGAUUGGCAACAACCACUGAAGUCGAACUUCGCCUACUCUUUCUACGACAUGUCAAAGCAAAGUGAUUUUCAAAGAGUAAAAAGACAUCGAAACCAGUCAACCUUCGGCUUGGAGCACAGCGAUACCAAGAUGAUGAAUAGAACUCUAGCCAAGGAUAGCUUCAAACCGUUCCCAAAAGAAACGAAGAGGACAUUGCCUACCAGAAGCAAGCUCGAGUUGAACCAAUCCAGUCUGAAGUUUGGAGAAGACAAACCAGAUUUUAGAUCAACCGCUUAUAGACUUCAUGGUGACCCUAAAACAAUGAAGUCUAAGAAAGACCCUGUUUUUAAAAAUUACAACCAAAGAGUCGAUAUAAUCACCGGUAAGCUCCACAACCAGAACCACAGAAGCUAUGGCUUUGAAGGUUGGAACGAACACAACCAAGGAAGGAUCUCCCAAAACAAAAUGGUCCUCCUCGACCAAAAAGUCAUCAACGAUCCCAUCACUGGUAGAAAAAUUCGAACAUAA